AAAAACACGGACCAGUCGAGGGCAAAGCAAAUAAGUUGAUAUGUUGGCAUUCAACUUCCUCUUGCUUGCGUUAUGUCUGACUGCCUUUGCUGGUCGUCAUCGAGGUCCACAGAAACGUCAGAACUACCGCCCUUCAAUGGCCGAUAUCAUAAAAAGUUGCUACAAAAGUUAUCCGAAGCAUCAAAGAAAGGACUGUGUGAAAUUUCACAUGUCAAGAUACUAUAACGAAGAAAAGUCUUCAUAA